AUGGAGAAACUUUCCUACCAUUUCCUUCAGGGACUUUUGUUCUUGCUGUAUUACGUUUCAGCUUCCUUAGCUAUGACCACAACCAAUAUUACCACUGAUCAAGAUGCUCUUCUUGCGCUGAGAGCUCACAUCACUGUACAGGACCCUCAUCAAAUCCUGUUAGAAAACUGGUCUGCUUCUUCCCCUGUAUGUCAGUGGGCGGGAGUCACUUGCGGCUCUCGUCACCUGCGAGUAACUGCCUUGGAUCUUUCCAAUAUGAAUCUUAGUGGCAUAAUACCGCCGCAGCUGGGAAAUAUGUCAUUUCUGGUUUCCCUUAAUAUGAGCAGAAAUAAUUUCCACGGAGAACUGCCGCAUGAAUUUGCUCGGUUACGCCGGUUGAGAGUGCUUGAUUUAGAUGUCAACAAUCUCAAUGGAGAGUUUCCCGAGUGGUUUGGUUCCAUUCAUCAACUUCGACUGUUAUCUCUGAAUAACAACAGUUUCACUGGCUUCAUCUCACCUUCCUUGGCUAACGUUUCUACACUAGAAACGUUAAGUCUGUCAUUCAAUUAUCUCCAGGGAAAGACUCAAGUGGAUUGA